UUUAGAUUUCCAUCUGGUCACGCAACACAAACUCGUGCUAUGCUAUAGUGAUAGUAGUUCUUCAGUAUUUUAUUGUUUUUAACAAAAUAGUUAAAUUUACUAUGAGCUAGAUAAAUAAUGUGCGAGUGGGAUAGAAGUUUGCAAGGAUAGUAUGACUGCUACUGCAACGGAAAUCAACCCCAAUCUUCCUGGGAUAGAAGUUGAAGGAGAACAUCAACUCCCUAUUAAGAAUGUUGUCAGAUAUUUACAGAAAUUCCUAAACUUAAACCAAGAAGGUCCACCACUCAUUAGGAAGUUUGGAUAUGGUGUUAGUAAUCCAACUUACUAUAUUGAGUAUGGCGGCAAGAAAAUGGUGUUACGCAUGGAGCCAGCAAAGAAAUAUCAGAUCAUUCCAUUUUGCCAUGGGAUGAAGCAUGAAUACAGUAUCAUGAAAGCCCUCAAACCAACAGGUAUCCCAGUGCCAGAUGUGUUAGCUCUCUGUGAAGAUCCAAGCGUGCUUGGUUCAUCAUUUUACAUCAUGGAGUAUGUUCAUGGCCGUGUUAUCACCCCUGAUGCCUUGGCUGCUAUGACUCCAGAUGAGCGCAGAACCCACUAUGAUGCCCUCAUCAGGAUGCUUGUACAGCUGCAUAGUAUUGAUGUUGAAAAAUAUGGGAUCAUUAGUUUAGAUGAGAAAGGGCACUUCUACAAGCGAAACAUUGAGAAAUAUGCCAAGUUGUAUUAUGAUAACAAAACUGAUGAGAUUCCUGAGCUGGAGCUAGUAAUAUCAUGGCUACGAGAGAAUAUCCCAAAUAAAGAGACAACAGUUAUAGUGCACGGCGAUUACAGGCUUGAUAAUGCGAUUUUCCACGAGAGUAGGCCGGAAAUCCUCGCCCUUUUAGAUUGGGAAAGAUGGGGCAUCGCUGAUCGCGGUGAAGAGCUCACCUAUACUGGAAUAAUCGUAGGCUUCCAAGGCUCACUAGAUGGAGUACCUACUGUCCCUGAAUUCAAACACGCGUAUUACAAAGAGGCAGGUGUCCAACCAAUCAGCGACUGGAGAUUUUACGACGCAGCCACGAUGUUCCGCCUGGCCGCCUCCUUUCAGUACACAAAGGCAAAGAAGAUUAAAGAAAACCUCCCAGACGAGCAUCCGGGAAUUUUCAUGGCGACAAUGGUAGAUUCUGUAGCUAAAGGAGCCUGGGCCGCGGCCACUCGUGAAAGUCCGUGACCUGGUAGCGAGCGUCUACAGGCACAAGUCACAGGUCACGAUACCACUCUAAUGCGCUACGAUCCCAUGUCACCUUUCGUGCAAAACUCAAAGGCACACGAAGACCUGUUUCCGGAUCAUUUAUUAUUUCUGGGCUGUCAUAUCCAGAAUAUAUUGGGUAUGAUUAAUAAAUUUGAGGUCAUA